AUGGAGGUGUCUACUUGCAAAAGCUUGAUGUUGCCCCUGUUGGCAAUUGUUUUGUUCAUCUCGCUAACACAGCCAGCAGUUACAGCAGCCAAAGACUCUAAAACAGCCUACACAAACUUCGUCAAAACCAAAUGCAACAUCACCACAUACCCUUCACUUUGCCAAAAAACACUAGUACCCUAUGCCUCAUCAGUGAAAAGCAACUCCACAAUACUAUGCAUAACAGCGCUUAACGUAGCCAUAAAAGGCGCACGUGAUGCCUCUGUUAUUGUCUCGAGACAGAAAGAACAGAAGGGAAUAACCCGAUAUGAAGCCGCCGCUAUUAAAGACUGCAUGGAAGAUGUCAAGGAUGCAGUGUACGAACUCAAGUUGGCUGUUGAGGCAAUGGGACAUUUAGGUGAUGAAAAUAAGGAAUUUCAGUUGGCUAAUGCCAAGACAUACGCAAGUGCUGUAAUAACAGACGCAGAUUCAUGCACUGAUGGUUUCUCCGGGCGGAAGUUCUUCAUUAUUGUGAGCCCGGGAUCGAACGCAAGCAUUUCAUUAAAGCUGUUACUGAGUCCGGGAUCACUCCUCUUAAGUGGCUCAACAAGCAGCGAUAGCCCAGUUGUAGAACCAAGGCCGCACCCCAGCAGAGUCAAGCCCGAACCAUCCCGGGAAAAUGCUCGUAGAAAUGAACCAAUCACAGUAAGACCGAGUGAAGCUGAACUCGGGAUCAAUGAUCUCGUCCAAUCACACCUCAAAUCAAGGAUAUGA